AUGUCACAAUCAAUAUCACUAAAGGGUUCAACAAGGACAGUAACGGAGUUUUUUGAGUACAGCAUAAAUUCCAUUCUUUAUCAAAGAGGCGUAUAUCCAGCAGAGGAUUUUGUAACGGUGAAGAAGUACGACUUGACACUUCUAAAGACGCAUGAUGAUGAAUUGAAGGAUUACAUCCGGAAAAUUCUUUUACAAGUUCAUAGGUGGCUACUUGGCGGCAAAUGUAACCAACUAGUAUUAUGUGUUGUGGACAAGGAUGAAGGGGAAGUGGCGGAAAGGUGGUCCUUUAACGUGCAGCACAUUCCUAGCGGUAACCGGGACCAAGACGAAACUGUCGAUCUAACUACAACACAGUCACAAAUUAGGGCUCUGAUCAGGCAAAUCACCUCGAGUGUUACCUUUCUGCCCGAGCUGACAAAAGAUGGUGGAUAUACCUUCACAGUACUAGCAUAUACAGAUGCGGAUGCCAAAGUCCCAUUAGAAUGGGCUGACUCCGAUAGUAAAGAAAUACCAGACGGUGAAGUAGUCCAAUUCAAAACGUUUUCGACAAAUGACCAUGAGGUUGGCGCGCAGGUGAGCUAUAAAUAUUAA